AUGGCAUCUUUUGCAAAGGCCACCGAACCUUCCACGGAUUGGGUGGUGCGCUUCCUUAGCUACACCAUCACGCUCUAUCACGUGGUACCUAUUUCGCUGUAUGUGUCUUUUGAAAUUCUGAAGCUGGCGCUUGGGCGUUUUAUAGAUAUUGACCCUCAGAUGAUGGAUCAAUCGACCGGCCAGGCAGCCAAAGCAAGAACGGCAGAUUUGGUUGAGGAGAUGGGGCAAGUGGAUUUCAUAUUCUCUGACAAAACAGGAACCUUAACUUCAAACGAAAUGCGCUUUGCAGAGUGCGCGGUAGGCAGCCAGGUUUUUAGCUCUUUUCUACAAGACCCACGUGGUGGUCCAGUGAGUGGAGUACAGGAGGCCCGGCAAAUUCUCGAUGAUCCAGCUCAUCCUGAUCACAAAGCAGUCCUGUGGUUCUUUACGUGUUUGGCCGUCUGCCAUACGGUACAAGCAGGCAUCGUUUUCAAAAUGCGCAAAGCUGACAAAGCUCAGGGAGAACGCACCGAGGUCAUCAUUUCUGGGCCAUCAGGCGCACCUGAUCGCAUAUUUGCAGUCUUGGCUAUCAUUGAGUUCACUGCAGACCGCAAACGCAUGUCCAUCCUGUGUGAGUGUCAGGGCCAGGUGUACUGCAUGACUAAGGGUGCUGAUAUUGUGAUGAGCCCAUUGCUGGUGAAACCGCUGGGGUUCAAAGAAGAGGAGCAGCUAAAGGGUUUCUCUCAGAAAGGCCUUCGGACCCUAGUGGUAGCCUCUGCGCAAAUCGACUCUUCAAUUUGCGCUGCGUGGCAAAGUGACUGGCUGGCAGCCAUGAUGUCACUGGAUGAUCGGGUAGAGCGAAUGGCUGAGUGUGCCUUGGCCAUUGAGCGAAACCUUGAGCUGGUUGGCAUCACGGCAGUCGAAGACAGACUACAGGACGGCGUGCCCGAGACUGUAGCGAAGAUCAAGUGCGCCGGCAUACGCUUGUGGGUGCUUACGGGUGACAAGACAGAAACAGCCGUAGAUAUUGCUUACUCUUGCAACUUGUUUACCGAAUCAGCAGCUCUGGCUUAUGUGACUGGCGCUGUGGAUGGCCGUGAAGUUUCCGACCUCCUUCAUAAUGCGCACAAGGUGUUGGAAGGGGCAACAGACAGCGGCAUAGUCAUCGACGGACAGUCAUUAAAGUUUAUUUUGGAAGAUUCAACUGCUGCAGAUCAGCUUUUUGAGCUCGGCCUCAGAAGCAGGGCAUGUGUUUGUUCAAGACUGUCGCCAUCGCAGAAGCGGCGUUUGAUCGAACUUGUUCGGGUUCGUAGUCCCAAAACCAUCACACUGGCGAUCGGUGACGGUGCCAACGAUGUGCCAAUGAUCCUCGGUGCCCAUGUUGGCAUUGGCAUUCGUGGCAAAGAGGGCUCGCAGGCGGUCCAAGCCAGCGAUGUGGCGAUUUCGCAGUUCCGACAUUUGCUACCGCUUUUGCUUUGUCAUGGACGCCGAGCAUACAGACGCAUCGCAACUUUCCUCUGUUAUUACUUGUACAAGAACGUCACUCUUGCAUGGGGGGAUCUGAUUUGGGCGCACCAGGGCAGUUUCAGUGGCGAUGUUGCCUACCCUGAAUGGCUGUCAACAUCUUUCAACGCAGUUUUCACAUCAUGGCCUGUUCUUAUUGUUCUGGCUUUUGAUCAGGACGUUUCCGAUACUCUAGCGAAUGCAAACCCUGCAAUCUACCAGGAGGGUGUGCAGAGAGUCUGGUUCAAUCGGAAGCUUUUUGGUCUUUGGAUGCUUGCUGCCGCUUGGCACGGCUCCUUGGCAUGGAUUGUGCCGAAUCUGUCAUUUGGAAGCACUACAUACGACUCUGUGGACUUUUGGCGGGCUUCGACCACAUCCUUCACCAUUGUCAUUAACGUGAUUACAAUAAAGCUCUUCCUUCACUCCUUCAGCCGCUCUAGAGCUGCCUGUUGGGCUCCUUUACUUGGGAGCAUUUUUGUGUACAUCUUGGUGUUGUUUGUUUUGGGAUACGUCAGUCUUGGCCAGCGAAUGCAGCCCAACUUGUCCGACGGUGGAGAUCCGCCUGUGCCGGGCUGGAUGCUCAGCAAUGCCGUGCCCUUGCUCCAACUUCUGCUAGUACCAGUUCUUGUGGUUUUGCCUGAUGUUGCAUGUCUAAUUUGGGCUCGACGGUUAAGCCCGUCACCUCUUUUCAAGAUCGGCGACAAGGUUGGAUCUGACUGA